AUGCAGAGUAACGUGUAUUCAUUACCUAAACCUAAUAGAGAUCGGGUCACGAAAACGCUAUUAUUCUGGACGCCACAGGACUGGUUUAUUGAUUGGGUAGGAAAUAAAUGGGACACGUCACGAGUGUUUGAUAAGUGUCGAGUGUCGAAUUGUGUCCUCACAAAACAACAUCAGUAUAAGGAUAAUGCAGAUAUUAUUUUAUUUAGAGCUAGAGAUUUAAAAAAAUGUUUAAAGAAGACUAAACGUGGACAAAUAUGGGUGAUAUUUGAACACGAAGCACCUACUUCCUUUGAAAUUUUACAUAAACUAGAUAAAUACUGCUACAGAAAUAUGUUCAACUGGACGCUAACGUAUCGUAGGGAUUCUGAUUUCACGUUUGUCCAUGGACUUUUCUCUAAACGUACCACCAUAUUCAAUGAUAGUGUUGUGGAUAAGAUCAUUAAAUCCAAAACCAAAACAGCAGUAGCCUUUAUCAGCCAUUGUCACACCGAAUCUCGAAGACUGGAAUACAUCAAUAGACUCCGCCAAAACGGUAUUGACGUGGACAUAUACGGAAGGUGUGGAAAUUUAAAAUGCCGAUACGGUCUAGGAUAUGUAGGCGAUUUCAAGAUGAUAUGGAAAGUAGCGUCAGACUUAAAAAUGAAAAAAGAUUGUUUCGACGUGCUAGACAGUCGAUAUAAGUUCUACAUCUCAUUUGAGAACAGCCUUUGUGAUGACUACAACACAGAGAAAUCACACCAUCUUGUGUUACAACAUACCAUUAUUCCAAUCAUAAGGGACGGGUCCAAUCGUAGUUUGUUCCAUCCUCCAAAUUCUUAUUUGGACACAAAGGACUUCAAAACCGUGAAAUCUUUGGCAGAUCGCAUAAAACAAAUAAAUUACAGUUCUGACGAGUACAAGAAAUAUUUACAAUGGAAGAAAUAUUUCUACUCAGAAACUGUCCGCGGGGUUCUACAAUCGAACAUGUGCGAUAUCUGUGAACGACUUCACAACCAAGACAAAUAUCGAAGACUUUAUGGAAAUAUAGUGGAUUUUUUAUUUACACGCGGACACAAUUCCCCGAUUUGUCAUAAACCGGGUGAUCUUUGA